GAACAGCGAGGGUUGUCGUACCCGCGGCACAGCAGAUCGCCACCGCCAACGAAGAACCUGAUUUCUUUGUUUGAAAUAAAAGAAACCUGACUUCCGCCCAACCGUUUUUCCACCAGACGCGCAGACGCAGACGCAGUGCUCAAUUUCUUUUUAAUUUUUUGGUCACAGUUUCAACUUCGCCUCGUGUUAGGGUUUUCUUUUUGUUUUAGGUGUUGUCUAUUCUGAUUGAGUGUUCGAUGGAUAUUGGGGGAGGAGGCAGACAAUCGUUUGGUCAAACGGAGAUUAACUGGGACAAGCUUGACAAAACUAAGUUCUAUGUUGUUGGAGCUGGGAUUUUUACUGGAGUUACGGUGGCACUUUAUCCAAUUUCAGUUGUGAAGACUAGGUUGCAAGUUGCUUCGAAUGAUGCUUUAGAAAGAAAUGCAUUUUCUGUAAUCAGGGGUCUAUUAAAAACAGAUGGGAUUCCUGGAUUAUAUAGAGGUUUUGGAACUGUAAUUACUGGAACAAUACCUGCAAGAAUUAUAUUUCUCACAGCAUUAGAGACAACAAAAGUGGCUGCUCUCAAGAUGUUGAAUCCAUUCAAAUUGUCAGAGCCUACACAGGCAGCUAUUGCAAAUGGGGUUGCUGGCAUGAUGGCAUCUUUUUGUUCACAAGCUGUUUUUGUUCCUAUUGAUGUGGUUAGUCAAAGGUUGAUGGUCCAAGGUUAUUCUGGGCAUGCAACUUAUAAUGGGGGCUUGGAUGUUGUUCGUAAGGUCAUUAAAUCCGAUGGCAUACGGGGAUUAUAUAGAGGCUUUGGUCUGUCUGUUAUGACAUAUUCACCAUCAAGUGCUGUCUGGUGGGCAAGUUAUGGUUCAAGCCAACGCGUGAUCUGGAGACUGUUGGAUCAUGGUACUGGUUCUGAUGGGAAAGCUCCAAGCGAAGGGAAAAUUGUGUUGGUUCAAGCUGCUGGAGGAAUUUUUGCAGCUGCGACGGCCUCAUGCGUCACAACCCCAUUGGAUACCAUAAAAACUCGCUUGCAGGUGAUUGGGCAUGAAAAGAGACCCACUGCAAGGCAAGUGGUCAGAAAUUUGAUUGCAAAUGAUGGUUGGACUGGAUUAUAUAGAGGGCUUGGCCCUAGAUUUUUCAGCAUGUCAGCUUGGGGAACUUCUAUGAUACUGGCCUAUGAAUAUCUGAAGCGCUUGUGCGCAAUAGAUGAAUAGGCUCAUGACCACAAUCUAUUGGGGCUGCAUAUGUUCACUGGGUGACAUGAUUUUGCGUAGAACCUGUCCAUAUAGAAGAUAUAUAGGUUGUUGAAGUUACAGUAGAGAUGUUCGCUCUGCAUUUGAACUGGAUAACAGAUAUCUUGCCGUCUAUUACUGCAGAGUGGAAAGUCAGCGUCUUGGCAGUAUAUUAUUAUUUGCCAAUUUAACAAAAUAUUGAUGCCUAAUUCUUUUUGGUGGAUACACAUUCUUUAGCAUUGAACCACUGCAUAUUUUGUCAUUCUCGACAAAAGAAUUGUACUUGAUGUAAGGUACAGCAGUUACAAUAGAUUGCCUGACCACAAGUUCCACUGCCCUGCUAUAUUUUUUCAUGCUGGGGAAAACAUCCUUUAUUGUAGAGAGAUUCGAUUUCCUCAAUUAUGCGCAGUUUCCGAAUUUAGUUGAUGUAUGAAUUUAAGAUUA